AUCACAGGUUUUAGUUAAACUUUCAGCAUCUUCUGGUUUAUUUACCGCAUGAACGAUAUUCUAAUCGGUGAUUUACCUUUUUGUUGUAGAUCUUGAGGGCUCCGUCAAGGAGGACAUAUCCUGCACGUCGAUAAUACCUGUGCCAAGAGCAUAGGGAGGGCGUUCGUAUAGUUAUAUCGCGUGUCGAAAGCCCGGAAGUGGUUCGCGUUCGUGGUGUGUAUUGAGGAAUCAACGUCGACUUUGAAUAAUCACAAUGUGAGAAAAGUACGAUCACAUGUCCGUUGCACGGUUGAACAUUUGAAAUACUUGUACUCUUACUUCAACGAUGAGUACACAGCCUGUACAAAUCGUUGCUCGAAUACGACCUCCGCUCCUCAAUGAGCACACUGACGAUGCCAUCUCUGUUGUUCCGAUUCCCGCCGACCACACCUUAUCCGCUGCCCGACCCAUUCCGUUUACUUCCUGGGUCUCGGUAUCCUCAACUGGUACAAAGACUGGUACAACUCAAGUCCAAAAUUCGCAAACGGCAUUUCAUACAGCCUUUGGACCUGAUACGACCCAACUAGAACUUUUUGACACCGCUGUGGCGCCACAUCUGGCGCCUUUGUUGAAAGGUCAUACCUUGACAAUCCUCGCUUAUGGACCGACGUCGUCUGGGAAGACACAUACGAUGGAAGGAUCGCCCGCGGAGCCUGGUAUUAUUCCUCGCUCUGUGCGGGUCCUAUUUGAGAUGAGCGAGGAAGGAAAGGAGAGUGGGAUGAUUUCGAAAUUCGAGGUCCACAUGAGUUACCUCGAGUUGUAUAAGGACGAUGCGUUCGACUUGUUGGUCUCUCAACGGACUCACGAAAAGCUACCAAUUAGAACGAAUGCGAAGGGCGAGACGUUCGUAGUCGGAUUGACCAGGGUACCGAUCAAGUCUUUCGAUGAUUGGAAGAACGUAUUUCGAACCGCUUCGCAAAAUCGAACCACUGGCGCAACGCUCCUCAAUCGCGCUUCAUCUCGCUCGCAUGCAAUGCUGUCGAUAGAAGUUGAACUAAUUGCCGCACCUACAUCAGAAACCCGAGAAAUGACUUAUAAUGGCAAAAUCAACUUGGUUGACUUGGCUGGAUCAGAAAAUAACAAGCAUACCGGAAACUCGUUAGCAAAUCCAACCCGUCUCGCUGAAUCUGCAGCGAUCAACAAAUCCCUUUCAACGCUUGGCCAGGUUGUGCAUGCGUUGAAUACUGGUGCCUCCCGUAUUCCCUACCGUGACUCUAAUCUCACCCGUCUGCUCUCUGCCUCACUCGGAGGUAAAGCGCUAGGCAAGACGAUUCUAUUGUGUAAUUUAGCUCCGGGGGUCAAGUUUCGCUCAGACGUGUUGAACACGCUCAAUUUCGCAUCACGAACGAAGAACAUCGAGACUAAGACGGUCGUGAACGAGCGCGAAAAGCCUCCUCCCGUAGAAGUCGUCAAAGAGAAGGAGUUCCUUCCCACCACAGGAUCGUUGAUGAGACGGACCUCGAUUCAGAGUCGACGGGUGUCUGCGUCACAUAUUCCUGCUCCCGGAUCGAGGAUUCCUUCGUAUGGAUCUGGUGGACACUCGAGGUUGAGUGGUUUUGGGCUCGGUCCUGCUGCUGGUGUUGGAGGUUUAGGUGUGAAGGCCGGGAUUGAUGACGCGGAUUUGAACGAACGAAUCAACAAGGCCGUCGAGGCAGAAGUGAAGAGAAGGUUAGAAGAGAAGGAAGCACAAAGGAGAGAAGAGGAAGAGGCGAGAGAGAAGCAACUUCAGCAGGAGAAAUCGCGGCCACAUAUUACUUCGUCUUCUUCCUCGACAAGCUCCAAGCAGGAGGCUCAUACAGCUGAUGUGAUUAUGGAGAUGGUCACGACUGAAAACGUCGAAGAAAAAGAAAUUAUAGAAGUAGAAGUGGAGGAAGCUGAGGUGGAAACUGAAUUACUCGUGGUCGAAGCUAUGGACGUCGAUCAGAAUACCUCGCCAAUGAAAGUAGAUUCGGUUGGGCCUGAGAUCCACGGGAUACCCGGAGACAGUGACGACAACAACAAUGACGAGGAGAAACUAACGAUGGACGACAUAGAAAGGAAUUAUAAAGAGCACAUUGCGCAUUUGGAGGCUCAGUUAGCUGCUGCCUCCUCAUCCACCUCUACUUCUGCUGCAGCUAGUGCCAGUAGCAGUGCUUUCAUUGCAGAUGAUCCACCUUCAAUGUUCUCAGCUUCCACCUCAUCCUCAACUUCUUUGUCAAUAUCGGCGUCUGCUCCGGGAACAGAGUCGAUGUCGAUGUCUUCCUCUGCGCACAUUUCUGGGACCUCAGAUAUUCUCCGGAACUCGCAAACUUCUCUUACUGCGGCUGCUGCGGGCUUGUUGGAUUCCACAGACGAUGCAGAGUCGGUGGCUCGAAUGAGUCUUGCUGAGAGGAAGAAGAUGGGGAAGAUCUAUGUCGAUCUUGCAAGAGGGUAUAGUGCGAAAAACGAUCUCGCCACAGCGCUUUCGCUCUAUCGACAUGCUGCACUGUUUGUGCCAGAUAAUACAAGACUGAGUGAACGCAUCAUCGACGUCGAAUGGGCAGUCAGAAACGGUAAAUCUUACGUCCCGACGCCGAAGAGACAGCACCCCCGGGAAGGCGAGGAGUUGAAGCUCAAGUCGAAAUCGUCCAGGUCGUCUAAAUCUCACCGGUCGUCUCAUUCAAUAUCAAGACACGAGGAGAUGAGCAAGGAAAACUCCAGCUCGAAUUCCAACACCAACUCGGAAAGUCCUCGGAAAUCAAGCUCUGCGGAUACGAGACUCGAGUCAGAGCGGACUUCUCAGUUAUCUCUGACAGGCUCGAAACGAAAACGCAGCGUCAGUCGGGAACCGGCAGACCAUUCAGAUUCAGAAUAUGUUUUCAUUCCUCCGCUGUCUUCCAGUACAAGCCAUGGACACGGAUUUGGGAAAGACCUAGGAAACAUCGACGAAGAAGUUGAGGCGGAAACUGAAACUGCUGAAGCAGAGGCAGAUGAAUUCGGGGUAACGCGAGUUGCAAAGGUUUUGCGCCGUUCACCUAGAAAGAAACAACUGCCACAACAAGUGUCGACUAUCACUACUCUUGGGACGAUGAAAAGUCCUUCUACGGUUUCGGAUAAACGAAAGAUGUUGGGUAUGAGUUUGAAUGGAAAGACUGGAGUUGGUGGUGUGGAUAUCAGUGGGUCCGUGUAUCGUACACCUUCGGGAGGAAUAGGAGGGACGACUACGCCAAAGAGAGGACAUGUAAAUGGGAGCGAGAGGAAAACGAGGAAGGUAUCGGAUUUGGUGUAUAGUGGACUUGGGGGGCUUGGGUUCUCAGGACGUGGGUUUGGGCGUGAUGAAGAUGGGGUCGGGGAUGUAGAUGUGGAAAUUCAUGGGAAGCAGAAACGAGCGCGGCUGGAUUGACCGGAGGUAAGGCAAUGUCAAGGUUGUUGUUGGGGUUUGAUACAACAUUCAUGUUUUGCAUUUUCCCUUUGAACACUUGUGUCAUCUUAUCCCUUCUUCUACAUACGUAGUUUCCUCUCUUCCCGUUUCUUGUUUUGUUUAUUUCAUUGGAAUCUUUUGUAUCCGUUUAUGUAUACAUAUGGCCUGUUCUCGCUCUAGUCGUCCUUGUUAUCUCGCACCUCGCUUUGUCUUCUGCUAUGGCCUUGCUUUGUAAUCACAGAACCGCUCUCAACCAGAGCCAUUCGUAUUUCUUACACCUUUGUAGACCCCGUAG